AUGGAAGGGCAUGGACAGCUUGUGAAGUCUAGAAUUGUAAAGAUAGAGUCCGAAGAAACAUGGGAUUUCUGCAUAACUCAAGCUAGAAAUCAAGGAUGUCCGGUUGUAGUACAUUUCACAGCUGCCUGGUGCAUCCCUUCAGUAGCCAUGGAAUCAUUUUUCGAUGAACUGUCAUUAAGCUACCAAGAUAUUCAGUUCCUAACAGUGGAUGUCGAUGAAGUUAAGGAGGUAGCCUCGAAAAUGGAGAUCAAAGCCAUGCCCACUUUUUCUCUAAUGAGGGAAGGAACUCAGGUGGACAAGCUUAUAGGUGCUAAUCCAGAUGAGAUAAAGAAGAGGAUUGAUGGUUUCAUUCACUCUAUCCGGUCAAAGAAUAUAAGUUAA